GUCGUUGUUGUGGAGAAGGAGAAGAAGAAGGAUAAGGAUGAUAACGGUAAGCGAAGUUUCCUCUUUCUCUUCUUCUUCUUCAAACUUCGCGUCUCUGUCUCGUCUCAACUACAAAUCAUCUUCGAGAUUCCGAAGCUCUUCUCUUUAUAGAGCAAGCUUCUCUGUUUCGACAAAGACCAGGAACACUUGUAAAGCCAAAUCAUGGAAUCUUGGUCUUGUUAUCAACUCUAGAAGCUCUGAAGCUUCGGUUUUUGAUCCGUUGGGGAUCAAUCCAGAUGAAACUUCUGGUUUAAGUAGCAUUUGGGAAAGCUUUGUUAGUCUUUUGUCUCCAUCAUAUGAAAGCUCAUCCGGUAGCAAACGAGAUAAGCCGUCUUCUGGUCGGGGCGUGGCAGCUGCUAUUGAGGACAGUUCCAUUGAUUUUGGAGAUUUCUUCAAAGGGCCAUUACCGGGGAAGUUUCUGAAGCUUCUUGGAUUUUUAGCGCUCUCUCGGCUUGGAAUAUAUAUACCACUCGGUGGGGUUAAUCGAGAAGCUUUUGUUGGAAAUUUGGAUCAGAAUAGCAUUUUGAGCACUUUAGAUACAUUUUCUGGUGGAGGUAUUGGUAGACUUGGUAUAUGUUCUCUCGGGAUUGUUCCUUUCAUCAACGCACAGAUUGUGUUUCAGCUUCUUGCUCAAGUCUAUCCAAAGUUGCAAGAUCUUCAGAAAAAAGAAGGUGAAGCCGGUAGAAAAAAGAUUCUUCAGUACACUAGAUAUGCUUCAGUCGGUUUUGCAAUAGUACAAGCAAUCGGACAAGUGUUUUACCUUCGUCCUUACGUUAAUGACUUUAGCACGGAAUGGGCUAUUUCUUCUGUUACGUUAUUGUCGCUUGGUUCUGUUCUCACUACAUAUAUUGGAGAGAGAAUCUCUGAUCUUAAACUUGGAAAUGGCACUUCCCUUUUAAUCUUCACAAGUAUCAUCUCUUACUUGCCUGCAUCAUUCGGUAGAACAGCAGCAGAGGCCUUACAGGAAGGAAACUAUACUGGUCUUGCCACCAUCGUUGUCUCAUUUCUCCUCUUGGUACUUGGGAUUGUGUAUGUUCAGGAAGCAGAGAGGAAAAUUCCGCUCAAUUAUGCCUCGAGAUACACCAGCAAAGCCGGCGGGCUUCAGAAAUCUGCUUAUCUUCCAUUCAAGGUCAAUAGUGCUGGAGUAAUGCCUAUCAUAUUCUCCACAUCUUCUCUUGCUCUUCCCGCUACUCUAGCACGAUUUACCGGCAUAUCUGCUCUGAAAAAUGUUGCUUUUGCUUUAAACCCUGGAGGUUCUUUCUAUCUUCCAACCAAUAUACUUCUCAUAGCUUUCUUCAACUACUACUACACUUUCUUGCAACUUGACCCGGACGAUGUGAGUGAACAAUUAAAACGCCAAGGUGCAUCGAUCCCUCUAGUCCGACCUGGUAAAAGCACUGCUCUCUUCAUCAAAACCGUCCUUGGUCGGAUAUCGGUUCUUGGUUCUGCAUUUCUGGCUGUUCUAGCUGCUGGUCCCGCUGUAGUCGAACAGAUCACUCACUUGACAGCAUUCAGAGGAUUUGCAGGCACUUCUGUUCUGAUCCUUGUCGGGUGUGCGACAGAUACUGCAAGAAAGGUUCAAGCAGAGAUAAUCUCGCAAAAGUACAAGAACAUUGAAUUUUACGAGCUUGACAAGUAUGAUCCAUGAACUGGUACCACCUUCUGUUUUACAUAUGAUACCAUCGAAUCAAGUUACUGUGUUCUCUUGUCAUAGAUUCAAACUAUGUAACAAAUAUUUUAACUUUGAUUAGUAUAUAAUGCACUUUUGUCA